CUCAAAUUGUAUGACUUCUAUUUAAUAACAUUCUAAAGUAGAAAGAAUAUAGGAAUAAUAAAAGAAUAAUAGUUCGACAUCAUCAAGAGACUCAGACUCUUCAGACUCCUCUUACGAUUUUAUAAGGGAUUUGAACUAAAAGUCCUCUUUAAAGAGAAGUCCUGAGGAAGUAUAGGAACUUCUGUGUAGAUAUUAAGGUAUAGUUUAUAAAUAAUUUAAAAAAGGUAAACAUGGAUUAAAGUACUAGAAAAUAUCGAAUGAACAGCGAUAAAAACUAAUUAAACAAGUAACAACUACAGGUUGUACAAUAAAAAGUGCUUCAAGAGAUUUGAAUAUUAAUUUUUCAACAGCUAAGGCUAUAAUAUAGAUUUUUAGAAAAGAAGGGAGAAUGUCUAAAAAAGUCAAAAGGGAGAAAAUUUAAGACGAGUUUAAAAAUCCUGAGAUAGUAAAUAAAGGUAUUUAGAAAAGUUUAAAAAAUUUAGUAGGAUUAGCAAAUGAGUAAUAAUGCUAAUAGAGACAAAAUAAUGUAAAGGAUAAUUUAGAUACAAUUCUUUUUUAAUAGGUGGAGGAGAAAAAUAGAAAUUAAGCUAUUAUAAUAUAAUAGUUAAAUACAUAGGUAAAAACUUAGAAUAAAUAUUAGAAUAUAUAUUUAUAAGGGAAGAUCAAUUAAUUAUAAUAGGAGAAAUCUUAAUUAAGUUAAAAUUAUUGCUUUUUGGCUAAUCAGUAUAAUUAACUAUAACAAAUGGUAUAAAAAUAAUUGUAAUAUAUUAAGGUGAGUUAGACAAUGCCAUAAUAUUAUCAACCAUAUUAAAUGUGA